UGUUUGAUAAAAAAACAAAAAUAAAUAGAGAAAAUCGAGAACCCCAAACGAACGGUGUUGAUAAAACUCAUUUUUCCAUCUGAGUCGUCUCCUCUUUCCUGUCUUCUCCAGCGUCGGAUUCCCUCUCUUUCUUCCCCAUUAUCCAAUCUCCCUCUCUCCCGCCCUUUUUCUCUUUAUUUUAAUUUCGUUUCUACUAAGGGUUUACUCCAUGGACGAGGCACCGACGAGUCCCGGCGGCGCAGGAAGUCAUGAGAGCGGCGAUCAUAUCCCGAAAUCCAAUAUGCGAGAACAGGACAGGUAUCUUCCUAUCGCUAACAUCAGCCGUAUUAUGAAGAAGGCUCUUCCUGCUAAUGGCAAGAUCGCUAAAGAUGCUAAAGAGACCGUUCAAGAGUGCGUCUCCGAGUUUAUCAGCUUCAUCACCAGCGAAGCUAGCGAUAAGUGUCGGAGAGAGAAGAGGAAGACUGUUAACGGGGAUGAUCUGCUCUGGGCUAUGGCGACUUUGGGGUUUGAAGAUUACAUUGACCCGCUUAAGAUUUACCUUUCCCGGUACAGAGAGAUGGAGGGUGAUGCCAAGGGCUCGGCUAAAGGUGGAGAUGCAUCUGCAAAGAAAGAUGUCCAACCAAGCCCAAAUGCCCAGCUUGUUCAUCAAGGUUCAUUCUCACAAGGCGUUAAUUAUGGGAAUUCUCAAGCCCAUAUGAUGGUUCCAAUGCAAGGCACCGAUUAGAGAUCACGCGGUCACACCUUUCUUCUGCAAGUUCCAUUAUCUAAAUCCUCAAUCUAUAUCAUAAUUCGGCACCACAACAAAUAGUUUCCAAAUAGUCCAUCGUAUGUGAAGGACCGACUUCUCGGAUGGGUUUGCAUCCUCUUAUCUGGUAAGCUAUUAUUUUGUAGUAUUAUUUGUCUAUCAUAUGUUCUUUGGAAUAGAUUCAUUUUUCAAAGAACUGUUUAAAUCUCGUGUGGGUAUCGUAGGAUUGAGCUCGUGGCGAGCAUGUAAUAUAUUCCGGUAACGACAUCGGUUAGGAAACUUCUCAUGCACAUUCUGUUUUACAUGACUUGGAACAGGUCGAUUGUUGAGUCAAAUGGAUAACAUUAUGAUUGUUGAUUUA